CGGACGAGAAGAUGGACGUGAUAAAAAAGCUGGUUGCAGAGGGCCAGCUGGACCACGCCGUGCUGCUGCAGGUGAUCAAGGAGCAGCAGGAGCAGCAGAAGAGACUCCUGGACCAGCAGGAAAAGCUCCUGCAUGUCAUCGAGGAGCAACACAAGGAGAUCCACCAGAAACUGCCUGGUGCUGAAGGUGAGGCGGAGAAAAGCGUACAGGAGGGGGCGGAAGGUGAAGCAGCGAAGCCCAAAGAGUCCAACCUGGAACCGGACGUGAAGCCGGACAAGGAGGCGGCCGGAGCUGCAGAGCCUCCCGUCCAGAAACAAGAGCAGGCUGCUGAGGAGGAGGAGGUUCCUAAAGCAGCUUACAAAGAGGACGGCCACGGAAAAGAACCCCAUACGCUGAAGGAGCUGGGGGCCAGGGGGGUGCCGCUGGGAGAGAAACAACCCAUUGAGCGUCAGCCUGUACCUCACAAUGAGAAGGCAGCUCAAGUUGUACAAGAAGAAAGAAGCCUAGAUAAAGAAAAUGAAAAAAUAGCAAAAGAAGUCCGGGCAAUAAUUGAGCUUGAGAAAGACAUAAAGGAAAAGAUGGCCGAAGAGAAGUUAGAGAAGGAGAGGGUGGAGAAAGAAGUGCAGGAGAGGGUGGAGAAAGAACGGCUGGAGAGGGAGACGAGGGAGAAGCUGGCCAGAGAGCAGGAGCUGGAGAAGGAGAAACUAGAAACGGAGAAGGAGAGAGCAGCGAAGGAGAAACUAGAAAAGGAGAGAGCAGAGAAGGAGAAACUAGAAACGGAGAGAGCAGAGAAGGAGAAACUAGAAAAGGAGAGAGCAGAGAAGGAGAAACUAGAAAAGGAGAGAGCAGAGAAGGAGAAACUAGAAACGGAGAAGGCUGCAGCUGAGAGACUUCAGCGGGAGAUGCACAACAAUGAAAUAGUGGAGGCGGAGAAGAUGGAGAAGGCUGAGGAGGCUCGGGAGAGGAAAGCCCUGAUGGAAGAGGGAAAGGCAGCGCAGGGAGAAGCUUUGAAGAAAGGAGGACGAGACCUCAAAGAGAAAGCUCAGGAGGAGGAGGAGGAGGGGGGGGGCCGUCAAAGCUCCGCCUCCGGGCUCCCAGGAGAAGGUCAGGGGCCAGGGAGAGAUGGAUCUGAGGAGGAGGCGCCGAGCACUGGGAACCCGAGGGUCCAGGGGGGUGCCGGGCCUGGAGCCCCUGCUGGAGCUGGGGGGCUCCGACCUGCACGUGGCCCUGGAGGAGCAGCUGCUGGCCGGGGCCAUUGUGCACUCGCGGCAGAUUAAGCAGCUCCCCGACGACCAAAGAGCAAAAUGAAACACAUUCUCACUCCAGCACAAACUUCUCUCACUGUGGACCACGAGACCGGUGCCUUACAUUCUUUCCUGCCUUCAAGAAGAUAUGGACAAAGAGGAAACACUUCUAUUCCUUCAUACUGUGUACUCUGGAGAAGCACAACGUUUAUUAACGAGCAAAGUACAUGUAAAUAUUAACUUAUUUUGUCUUUAGGGAGGAGGAUUAUGAAGAGGUUACUGUUGAAAUGUAUAUAAAUCUAUGCAAAGACCCUUCUGUAAAGUGUUCAGAAAGCCUGGAUGUAUUAUUGUUUGCCUUUAGGCGUUGUCUCCUGGGCUGCUUUUAUGUUGAUUAGUUUGUGUUUAUCUGUUACUCCAAGAUGUACAUAUUGUAAUAGUUCAACUUUCAAAUGGAAGUUGGUGAAUUCAGCCUCAGAGCUAUGAGGUUUAUAAACCGUGGACGACGGAGGAGCUAGAUCCCGAGCAUCAAGUUACAAAUCAUCCCACCUUCGAUACCUGUUCCUUUUUGGUUUACGAGUGCCUUCUAAUCCACAUGCUGCUGUUUUUUCCCUCAACGUGUGCUUUAACUCCUACUGUAAAGAGAACAGUAAUCAUGAGAAAAUGAUAUUAUGUUAAGGACAAUGAAAGAAAAAAAAAUUGAUCGUGUUUGUUUUCCCAGAAAUUCCUCCAUCGGGCAGCACAUGUUCGACCUUUGCUUUGUACAAGAAACUAUUUGUUCUAUUUUUCUAUGUGCAUUGUAUUUCAGUACAUUUUGCUGAAAAUAUUAAAUAAAAACAUCUAUUACA